AUGGCUCCCAAGAAGGUCCAGCGUGCCGUUACGGAGAACAUCUCCCUCGGCCCCAAUGUGCGCGAAGGCGAGCUCGUUUUCGGCGUCGCCCGCAUCUUUGCCUCGUUCAACGACACCUUCGUGCACGUCACCGAUCUCUCUGGCCGCGAAACCAUCAGCCGUGUUACCGGUGGCAUGAAGGUCAAGGCCGACCGUGACGAGUCCUCCCCAUACGCCGCCAUGUUGGCUGCUCAGGACGUCGCCAUUCGCUGCAAGGAGUUGGGCAUCACUGCCCUUCACGUCAAGAUCCGGGCUACCGGUGGUAACGGCACCAAGACCCCUGGCCCAGGUGCCCAGUCUGCUCUCCGCGCUCUUGCCCGCUCCGGCAUGAAGAUCGGCCGCAUCGAGGAUGUUACCCCAACCCCAUCCGACUCUACCCGGAGAAAGGGUGGUCGCCGUGGUCGUCGUCUGUGA